UAUUGAUAAAACUGUUACCCACUCAUAACACAAAUGACUACUGAAUCCAUUCAAAGCUUUCAAAAUUAAAUGAUACGGUUCUGUAACUUGACACAAAAUAUGUAUUCGUUCAAACAAUGAAUGCAAUCAGUCGUUCAACGGCAAGUUGUGAUAAAUUGACAAUAACAAGUUCAGGCUUCAAUUAUCUAUCGACCUCAAGUAUUUAGAAUUGAAUUUCGAAAUGUUUAAGUGUUCUUUAUGACUCUAUAUCAAAAAGUAUUCAAUAGAGGCGACGAAUGGAUUUGAAACAACACGAACUUUGGUAAAUAGUAAUACUGAUUACUGGUAUGCAAUCGCCUGUCCUGGAGAUGGAGUCAAGAAAGAAAAAAUUCAAUGCCAAUCCCAGAGAAACGGCUAGUUUUUGGUCCAUCAUAUCAUUCAGAUUCACUUUACCUAUCUUCAAUAAAGGUUCAAGAAAAUCCCUGAGCAAUGAUGAUUUAUACAGUCCACUCAGUUGCGACCGAAGUGCAGUUCUGUCAAAUAGACUUCAACGAAACCGGAUACAGGAAACUAGUGUAACUCGAAACAAUUCGAAACCAACAUGUAGCUUACUUGUUGCUCUUUUUCGAACAUUCUGGUUGGAGUAUGCAAAACUGGGAAUACUUGCUGGAAUUUGUGACGUGUUCAUCCGCAUCAGCCAGCCGUUUCUUCUUGGUUUGAUGUUGGGAUAUUAUAAUCCUAAUAACUCCCUCACUAAAUAUGAUGCCUAUUUUUAUGCAACAGGAAUAGUAUUACUGAGAAUUAGUUAUUUGUUUUUUGAUGGACAGUACAAAAUGUAUGGAUCUCAUAUCGGGAUGAAAGUCAGAAUUGCAGUUGGAUCCCUCAUAUAUCAGAAGGCCUUGAAACUGAACAAAUCUUCCAUGGGUCAUAAUCCAGUUGGCAAAAUCGUCAACCUUUUGUCUAACGAUGUUUCACGAUUUGAUUCAGCUUCUCUCAUUCUUCAUGAUAUAUGGAUCUGUCCAGUUUCAGCAAUAAUAAUAAUCAGUCUCAUAUUUAAGGAAGUUGGAUAUGCUGGUAUCGCGGGAGUACUAGCCAUCACAGUAAUAGUACCAAUACAAG